AUGAAUCGUCUGUUGGAAUAUGGUAGUGUUGAAGCUAUACCCUAUUACAACUGCUCCCAUAAAAAUUUCACGGAAUGGGAGAAGACUGGACAGAAACGACCGUAUUUUGGAUGGCCAUUGGUCGUUUUUGGGGUCCUCGUGGAGUUGUUGUACAUUCCUGUUAUCUAUAUUAUAUUUAAAACCAAACUUAUCAGACAUCCGUGCUAUAAAAUAAUUGUUCUAUUGGCUCUAAUUGAUAUGAGUGCAACUUGCUGCAGUUGUCUUUUUACCGGGUCUAUGCUGAUUAUGGGAACCGUGUUCUGCAUGUAUCCAACGUUUACUUAUGUGGCUGGAGGAAUUGCAUUAAAUACCUGGUGCAUGGCGUGUGCAGCUACCAUGUCCCUAUUUUCCAAUCGGAUAAUAAGUAUUGGCUUCAGGAAGUAUGCAGAUGUAAUCGAGAAGAAACUCGCCUAUACUUCAAUCAGUUUUGUACUUUUCUAUGGAUUCUACAUCUGUUGGUUUUCACCUACAAUUGUGUUCAAUUCAGUAUUUAUGGCAUGGAUUCCUGAUCCAUUAUCUGAGGAAGUACCCAGUAAAGAGGCAGCUGCAUACGAAAACCCCAUUCAUGUGUGGAAUAAUUGGGUUUUUGUGACAUGUAUGCUCAUUUUAUUCUCUGUGUAUUUUGCAAUGGUAAAACGUCUGGCAAAGGGACAGAACUCAAAGGCUUCCAGAUCGAUUUUCAUUCAAUGCUCAAUAAUUUGCUUCUUCAACACCGGAGCUGCUAUUGUCUGCAAUGCUGUGGCAAUCGUAACCCCUUCCGAUUGGAUUAUUGUAUUCGGACAAAUAUGCUGUAUUGUCACUCCGGCUCCAUGGAUUCUGGCUUUUGGCCAAAUAUGUUGGACAUGUAAUCAUGCAUGUCCGGCUAUAAUGUAUGUCACAUUGAAUGAAACUAUCCGUAGGAAAUUCUUGAAACUCAUGUUUGGAGCAAGAUAUUCGCAAGUAAUUUGA